AUGCGUCUUUUUGGGCCUUUAAGAUACACACAAUGCCUCUCAUCUGAAAGAAAACAUCAGUUUUUUAAAGGAAACAAACAUCGAAAUUUUAAAAAUUUAACAAAAACAUGUUCCAAAAGACAUCAAGUAUGGCAAUGUUGUGUUGACUAUAAUGCUGAUGGAAAAUUGUCAAGAAGUGUUUUAAAAAAUGAUACACAUUUGCAUUAUGUUAGUCCCUUAUCAGAUGAAUUGCGCGCAAAUAUUGAUGCAUGGAAUUUACCACCUGAAACAACACAUACAGCAAAAACUUGUAAAAUAAAUGGAAUAUGUUAUUCAAUUGGAACGGUAUUAUGUACAUCCAGUCAAUACUUGACACAUACACCUCAAUUAGCCCAAAUUGUUUACAUUUUUAUUAUUGGUGAUAAUACAGUUUUUGGUAUUCGGUUUUUAAAAAUUGUCGACUAUGAUGAAUACCUUAGAGCGUUUAAGGUGCAAAGAAGAGAACGUUUUGGGACCAUGGCAGCUACUGAUUUAAAUUUAAUGUCAUCAUCAUUUAACACGACGAACGGCGGAUCAGCAAUAUGUUUUGACGAACAUACAAAUUCAUUAAACUCCUCUACCACAGAUACAGUAGAACAAAAACCAACACUCGCCUUAACGUCUUCAAUUACUGCAUUAAGAAACGAAACAAUGACACCUGUAAAAACAAAAUCGAUUAUAGAAGCUGGUUCAGGAAGAAAGGAACAUAAAGAGUCUCCUGUUCGUGUACCGUCAACUUGCUACUUACCAAUAUAUACAGCUGCUGUUGAAAAAGCCCUACAAGAUGGAGAUUUGGAAAAGGCAGUUGCACAUAAUUUCUUUUGCCAAACAAGAGAUGUCUUUAUGGAAAGAUAUCCCAACUCAAAAUCAAUGAUUGAUUAUCAAAAUAUUAGUCUAUCAAUAAUAAGACAAUAUCCAAAUCUCAGUAAAAAGGAAGGUUUUAAACUGACUGAUAUAUCAACACGCUUAGCUAAAAGCUGUAAAAAUAAAAGAGUUGAUUUGAAACGAAAAAGAGGAUUUUUACCAAAACGGAACAGCCAGAGUCAGAAAAAACAAGCUUUUGUACAAAAACAAACAAUCGACGUGGAUCAUGAUGAGCUAACAGAUUCUGAUAAUGAAAAUAGUGCAAGUGUAGCUAAACGUGUGCGUGCUGACGCACGUACAAGUACACCUAUAACAGAACGUAAGAUUUUUCACGAAGUAUCUUCGAUUGAAAACCGGAAUACAACUCCAAAUUCAUCACCAUUACCACGCAGCCCUAUUCACGAGUCGCUCCCGCAUCUUUAUCUACCUGAUGUUAAGCCACAUCCUGAUCUUUAUCACGAUGCAGAUGCGAUAACUGUAGCAACGCAAAUAACUAUCGAUUCAGAUGAAACAAGAACAACAACAAUUAAUGAAACAGAAGCACCAGACACAACGAAUGAAAAUAAUUUAAACACAAGCAAAACAGUUGUUGAUUUAUCAUCGAUGCUAGCACAAUCAGAAACAUCGUCUUCGUCGCCACCUUUUCUUCCUGAACCGCAUGCCUCACAGACGACUUCUUCUGUAUUCAGCCGUCCAGAAGCUGCUCGUUAUUAUCAAACAAUAAUAAAUUCAGCAAAAAAACAUGCUGCGAACGUGUCAUUUUGGGAAGAAAAUAAUGAAAAUUCAGUUGAUUUAAAUACAGCAGAAACUAUAUCAGCCACAGCAUCAUUUGUGGGACAAACAAUAAAUGAUCGUACGCCGCCAGCAUCAGUACAUCCUAACGUAUUUCGUAUUGUCAGAAAUAACAACGCGAAUGUGUUAUUUGCCGUUGAUAUAUCAAAUCCAAAUGCGACAUUAGCUUUGUCACAACCAUCCUCGUCUGUUGCAAAUUUACCAAUAAAAAAUUUUGCUUUCUCAAAUACUCAAUCAAAUGGUAAACAAUCAUGUGCAACGUUCACCAAAAUCAUUCCUUCUAUUGUUCCCAAACCAACUCUGUAUCCACAAAGAACAACUGCAUCUCCGUCGAACAACACAUUCACAUUCCCGAAAGAGUCAAUAACGAACGCAACAAACAGCUCUUUAACAGAUUCAACAAAUGAUCACAAUUACAAUAUUUUAACUAUGGAAUUACGUGAAAAAGUUAAACAAGUUAGAAACACAAGAACAAAUAAUAUUCAACCGAAAAUAAUAGAACAUAUCAAACA